UGUAGAUUGCUACUUCCAUCGCUCGGUAGCAAAGACGUGACACGAAUGAUCGUCGACGAUCGCGCUCGCGCCGGAAGGAUUUACGCGGAUCGACGAGGCAACGGGCGGGUCUCGUGCUAGCAGUCCUGGCGUCGAAAGCUUGGAUGAUGGCGAACAGGAUCGUGGGAAGAGGAGGCGUUUGGCUGAUGCGUAUCUACGAGCAAAGGUCGACCGUGCAUGCGAAACAUUGGAAACGUUCUCGCGAGUCAACCUGAGCUCGUCGACGAACCGUUACUCGAUCGACCAUCGAUCGUCGCUGCAGGCAGGGCCGGAUGGCGGGGUCAGCGCGUGCAGUUGGAUGGCGAACGGGAUCCGAAGCUGAGACCUGGGACUAGGGGAUGAUUCUCGGUCGAGAUGGCUGGGAGGGCUGUGAUCGUUUUUCGAGGGUGCAUCGUCUUCUUUCUGCUGGCUCAGUGCGCGUCUAUUUUGGACCAGCAGCUGCACCGGACCCGUACAACCCCCAUGCACAAGGUGGUGCUCACUCAGAAGGGAUACAUACAGUUCCUCAGAUGGGAAUUGCCGGUGCCGGAGCUGACUGAGUUCACGUUCUGCCUGUGGCUGGAGUCCGUCGACCUCACUCACCCCCAUUCUAUCUUCUCCUACUCGAAGGACGAGAAGGAGCGAUUGGUGCGCGCGUGGAUCUCGUCGCAUGGACGCAGCGUUCACCUGGAGAUCGGCGGGACAGAGGUAUUCGCAGCGUCGACCGACAUUCACGAGAACCGCUGGUACCACCUGUGUCAGAGCUGGGAGAACCAGGCCGGUCGUUACGCUUUGUGGGUGAACGGGCACCUCUGGGUUCAAGGUCGCUCCGAAGAGACGAUUGGUCACGUGAUCCCGAGCAAGGGGGACAUAGUGGUGGGCCAGGAGUACACGGAUUUCGACAAGGGCCUGGAGGACGGGAUCGAGGGAUCGGUCCUGGGGUUCAACCUGCUCCUAAAAUCAGCCUUCGAUCCCCAGAACGAUGAUCCAAGGGAUCUGAGAUUUAGUCACGUGCCGAUCGAGACGUUCCCGCGGAUUCCGCCGAAACCGAUGCAACGGAGCAUUAUCUACGGGACGAGGACGAUCUACAGGAUCCUGCCGAUUAGGAUCAUCAGAUCGAUCGAUGACCCACUCGGAUUUAGGAAUCCAUCGCAAGAGAUUAGAAUCGCGAAUAUGGGCCCGCACGGUUGGCCCAGCCAGCGGAAGCAGCCCUUGGGCCAGCAGCUGGUGCAGUUGACCUACGUCCGCUGCGAGAUCGGUCGUGGCAGUCCGUUCAUCGGAGGAUCGUCGAUGCUGAUCUCCUGGACCAGGACCCCGGUCCGCAUUUUCGGCGGGGCGAUCGUGAAAAACGUUCGCAACAAGUGCGGUGACUUUUGAGCACACGGAGAGCCACGACAUUGAAACAUUGAUUUUUUGACGAACACUCUGGCGUCUGUUUGUGGGCCACGUUGGGAGAAGAAGAGUUUUUUGGGAGACGGAAACUUUGGGCCGUGGAAAAAUAAAUGUUUGAAAUGGUACAUAGGCUGUAAAUAUUUUUGUUUUCUCGUGUGAUACUGAAUUUGGUAAAUACAGUUUUUUUUUUAUAAAUAGUAGUUACAUAUGGAAA